AUGAUUAAAAUGUCACUAGCGAAAAACGUGACUGCUAUCGGUUCUGGACUUCCUAGAAUGGUUGUCACAUGGGAUCGUGCGAAUAGAAUUAAAAGGAACAAAGAGAUAUGGGACAAUCCUAAUUCGGUCGUUCAUCGAUUACCGCGGCAUUAUCAAGACCGAUAUUGGAAGAAUUAUGUACUUGCUGAAGCAAGGCCAGUUCAUUAUCGUCCACCAGCCACAAGAUACAGUUGGGAUCCCAAACGGCUUGUUAUGAUAGAGAAUGAGGUUUAUCCCAUCAUAGGCAUCCAUCCUCCCGAGGCUGAUAGAGGGCUUUGGGGUGGAGAAACUGUCGUUAAAGGCUACAGGGAGUCAAAACCGUAUGUUAAGAAAAAGAUAUUACCUCGUCUGUGGAUACCCCAUUUUUGGUUUCCAGAUCUGAAAUAUGCAAUUCUUUACUCAGAAGUUUUGGACCGUUAUAUGAAGAUUAUUGUCACGGAAAGAGCGUGCAGACAAAUCGACGCUUGUUUUGGACUCGACUUUUACCUUUUAGAAACACCCGAAAUUGACAUUGCGUCGAAGUUGGGUAAUAAAUUAAAAAGAGAAAUUCUGAUUUCCCUAGCUAAAGAAGACUAUUACCCUGCAGACGAAGAACGUCACAAAUAUAUAACUGAAAAGUACAAAAAAUAUCGUAUACCUCUUGAAGAAGCAGAAUGGGUCGGACUAGACUUAAACGAGGCUUGCAAGAAGCAACAAGACCUUGAAGAUAGUGUUAAGCCUGAGCCAUUAAAGUAUGGAUUUGAAAGAGAACUGGUAGAGAAGUUAGCCUCCGGAGAAGUAACUGUUGCUGAACCGAAAAGCGAAAAAUCUCAUCGGAAAAAGUUCUUUAAUAAAACUUGGCUUGCGCAAGUUCUCAAGUUGUUGGAGGUGGCGACCUGA